AUGUUGACGAGGAGUGAGGCAGGGAGCCCUCAAGAAGGGAAAAGGGAUGAGAAGAAAUCACCGAAGCAAAAGAAGAGAUACGAGUGCAGCGUAGUGGGAUGUGGAAAGAGCUUUUUCCAGAAGACUCAUCUCGACAUCCACUCGCGAGCUCAUACCGGAGAUAAACCUUUUGAAUGCAGUGAAGUUGGUUGUGGUCAGAGAUUCUCGCAGCUAGGCAAUCUUAAGACCCACGAGCGAAGACACACAGGCGAGAAGCCUUAUUCGUGUGAUUAUUGCGGCAAGAAGUUUGCCCAGCGAGGGAACGUUCGGGCACACAAGAUUGUCCACGAUGGCGCGAAGCCUUUCACCUGCAAGCUGGACAACUGCCUCAAACAGUUCACUCAAUUGGGAAAUCUUAAGGUACUUUCGGCACACAUCAACAAAUUCCACUCCUCGGCCCUGCGACAAUUGACCGAGAGAUUCGCUGCUCUCCGUAAUCCGGACGAAAUUUCCCAGGCGGACCGCGAACUCUUCGAAUACUUUGCCGAGCUAUACAAGAACUCGAAUCGGGGCAUCAAGGGACGCGGCAAGGACCGCAAGAUUCAGUUGGGCUCCAAGAAGGUGCAGGCUGCAGACGGAUCCGUCGGGAAACACUCUGCCCAAGACAUGCCGAUAACUUCGCCGAACGGGUCAAGCCAUUCGAACGGCGAUCCCAGUUACGGCUUCAAUGGCGACGGCUCGCAUAUGGAUGAGGAUGAUGAUGGAUCGGUGGGAUCCCCGUACGAACAGCAACAGCAACUCCCACCUUUGCGACCUGGGAACGAGAUGGGGCAGCCGGGCUUAGGAAUGAUAUACGAUGAUCCCAUGAAUAUGCACACGCACAUCGCAAAGUACCACCUAAAUCGCAAGUUCCAGCACUGA